UCUGUUUGGGGACAACGGAGAGCAGGAUGUGGCUGCUUUUUUAUCCCUCACUGCUGAAGUUUUCAGCCCCAUAGUCCUAUCUUUUCCUCAGGACAGUUUAGGUUUCCUGCCAGGAGCCAAGUGUGAAGACCGUCCUAAGAAACCUGGAGCCGUGCAUGCUCGUCAGAGCUCUGCAGGGAGGGCCAGAGCCUUGCUGAGGGAAAGAGAAAGAAAGGUUUUCAGUUCUCCAUGAAGUGUAUUAUGUUCUGCUAUUCAUUCCCCAAGCUACUGGAAGCAUUCCUCCCAGGAAAGGUGGAGCUGUGGGGAGAAGCCAAUGGUGAGAUGACAUCUGAGAGGACAGGCUAACCCACUUCCUGGAUUUCCCACGUGGGGACGGUCUUAGAGCCCGACAGGCUUUGAGGCCCGAAGAUGAGCAGCAACGGCAGCGCAGUGGGCCAGCUCCUCUGGAGCGGGCCGCUGUGCGUCGGCUGGAGGCGGGACCAGGAAGGGGCUGUCUACCACCUGGCCACCUGCCUCCUGCUCCUGGGCUUCAUGGGGGGCAGCGGGGUGUAUGGGUGCUUCUACCUCUUUGGUUUCCUGGGCACGGGCUACCUGUGCUGUGUGCUGUGGGGCUGGUUCGAUGCCUGCGGCCUGGACAUCGUCCUCUGGAGCGUCCUGCUGGCGACGGCCUGCGUGCUCCAGCUGGCACACCUGGUGUACCGCCUGCGCGAGGACACCCUCCCUGAGGAGUUCGAGCUCUUCUACAAGACGCUGUGCCUGCCCCUGCAGGUACCCCUGCCAGCGUACAAGGAGAUCAUUCGCUGCUGCGAGGAGCAAGUCUUGACUCUGGCCACGGAGCAGACCUACGCCGUGGAGGGCGAGACGCCCAUAGACCGCCUGUCCCUGCUACUUUCUGGCCGGGUUCGUGUGAGCCAGGACGGGCAGUUUCUGCACUACAUCUUUCCUUACCAGUUCAUGGACUCUCCCGAGUGGGAAUCGCUGCAUCCCUCUGCGGAGGGGGUCUUCCAGGUCACUCUGACAGCCGAGACUGAAUGUAGUUACAUUUCCUGGCCCCGGAAAAGUCUCCACCUCCUUCUGGCCAAAGAGCGAUACAUCUCUCGCCUCUUCUCGGCCCUGCUGGGCUAUGACAUCUCGGAGAAGCUCUACGCUCUCAAUGACAAGCUCUUUGCUAAGUUUGGGCUGCGCUUCGACAUUCGUCUCCCCAGCCUCUACCACGUCCUAGGUCCUGCUGCCCCAGAUGCAGGACCAGAGUCUCAGAAGGAUGACAAGGACGUCCGUGAGCCUGCCGCAUCUCCCCCUCCUCAGGCCCUGCCCACAUCUGUCCAGCAAACACCCCCUAGCUCCCCACCUCCAGCGGCCGCCAACCCUCCUGCACCUCCUCCCUGGGUCAGGAUGUCCAGGCCCGACAGCAGUGUCCUGGGUGAGGACUCUACCAGUCUGGUGCUGGAGGAUUUUGAGGAGGUGUCGGGAUCAGAAUCGUUCAUGGAUUAUCAGAGUGAUGGGGAGUACAUGAGGUGAGGGGAGAACUAACAUGGGCACGGCUGCCGGGCUCAGGAUCCUGUCUUCUAGAACUCCUCUCCAGAGCUACUCUCAAGUUAUGUCCAGGGGACGGGCCCCCUUGGCUCCAACUCUGACUCCUGAACUGUAAGGAUCAAUGGACCAUCCUUUUCUCUGGCCACGUCAGUCCUCACAGGAAGGUCACUCGUGUGCACACCCCUCUUCUCACCCUCUGGAAGGCUCAUGGGCAAGGUCGGAGCAGACACAGAAGAUGCUAAAGUGCUGCAGCCACACCAAGGCCCCCAAGUGACUUUUAGAACUUUGCCUUCACCAGCCUUCCUUCCCAGAGAAGGCAUCCAAAAGUGCAAAAGCACAGAUUCUAUCCUUUACUAACUGCAGUAUCUCAGGCAAGUCACAUAGCCUCUCUGAGUGUCUGUAAAGUGGGGAUUAUAAAACCCAGUUCACAGGGUUGUGAGGAUUCAAUGAGUUGAUUCAGGUAAAGCACCUAGGACAUGGCGUGGCACCUAGUAAGCACUCAAUAAAUCACUCAUUUCCUUUC